AUGUGCUGGCUGAGCCACAACUGCGCGCCUGGCGAUGUCUUCUUCUUUCACUUCAGUGGCCACAGUGCCCUACAGCCUGUGGGCGACAGCUUUUUGGACGCCUUCUGCCCCAUCGACUUUGCCGAGGCAGGCUUCCUGAGCAUGCGCGAUGCCUACGAGGCCAUGGUGUUGCCUCUUUGCCAGAAGGCCCGGCUCACCAUGCUGGUCGACUGCUGCGUGCCCUGCGGCCUCGAGCUGCCAUACCUUUGGGAUUCGUCGGCGGGUCGCUGGGCGGACGGGGAGCUGGCGAAGACCGGGGCCGACGUGGUGGGCCUCGCGGGAAGCGUGGAGGAGAUGACGCAGGAGCAGCUGGCGCAGGCACGGAACGCGGAGCGUGGGCCAGUGACGAGCGCCUUUCUGCGAGCCAUGCAGGAGCUGGCCCAACGCCGGAAGCCCGUGAGCUAUGCGGAGCUGCUGCGGGAGAGCGGCCGCUUCUUGCAAGGCACGGAAGGCAGUGCCUUUCAGCUGCAGCUGGGCGCCUCAUUGCUCUUCGACCCCUCAGCCCGCCGGGAAGCUCAGCGGGCAGUCGGCAGCACGCGGAUCCUUUGGGUGGUACCUAGAGUCUCCUUCUGA